AUGGCUUACCCAGCACUGCAGGUCAUGCGGCAGCGAGUGCAGGAUUUCCAGCUUGACGCCUUCAAGGUGUACAGCAAAGUGUGCAAGCAGCUGGUGCAACAGGAGAAUUACUCCGAAAUCCUGCAGCUGGUCAAGUGCGUGAGCGAGUCUGGGAUCGCGGCAGAGAAGGACUGUGAUCAGAUUUUACUCAGAUGCGUUGAAGAAAUGGCAGACAUUCCUUCUGAUGAACUGGAGAAGCUCAUCCAAGGCAUGAGAAGUGAUGAAAUCAAGAUCAAAGCAUUUCUGGCCUGCCGCAUGAUGCGCUCAGCCUACUUGACCGCCGUUAAGCAGGAGCACGAGAAAGCCAUCCAACUAGUACAGGAAGUAUGGCAAGCGGCGCACAACCUGAAUGACAAUGUGGUCCAAGGCAUCUGCUCCAAGUGGCUUGUGGAGCACCCUCCAGUUUCGAAGCAGGCACAGCGCCAUACAUCUCGCAAGUGAGCCUGGUGCCUGGAGGAAGAAAAGAGGGGCCAAGAUGGGUGACUUCUGUUUAGGAGAUAGGAGGACCUUUAGUGAUGUACCUGUAUUGUGCAGACCAGUGGUCUCCAACCUGUGAGCCAUAGAUCGAAGCCACAGGUUGACGACCAUUGGCCUAGAUGUGUCUACCUCACUCCUUAACCGUAGAUGCCUGACUUUUAUACUGGUGUUUUAUAAUGUGUGUGAUGGGCUAUGUGCAUACAGCCAUGCUCCUGACCACUUACUAUGUGCAGCGGUUUCAUUAAUUACUAUUUGCUUCAUUACUGAAAUUUUACCUACAAACACCUCAAUAUGGCUUACAUCAAAUAACAAAAGUUACAGGGGUUUUUCUAGUAGUCGCCCCUUUAAGUGACGCAUAGUCAUUGACACAUUGGGCACUAAUGUAAGUUUUCCUAUGAACUUUUGCUGUCAUUAGGCGGGGGCUGUUUUGUGGCAGCCUGUGUCGCAGUAGUGUAGGCACAGUAGAUGAGAUUUGUCCUAAAAGGCUGCCACCCUUGUCCAUGGGUUGUGUCUGGUAUUGCAUCUCGGGCCCAUUCAAGUGAAUCGGGCUGAGCUGCAGUGUCCAGUACGGCCCAUGGGCAGGAAACUGACAUUUUUUGAUUGUUUUGCGUGAUUUCAGCCAAAUAUGUCACCACAGAGGGGUCCAGAUCAAAGAGGUCCUGACUCUGACCCUAUGGAGAACAGAUUCUUGUAAAGUUUACUUCUGAAAGGUUCUUGAUAUAUGAUCUGAUUUGUGUUACUUUUAUGGAUAUAGAACAUGGCUGACUAAUGUGUUUUAUGUAUACAUAGAACCUUAUAUCUAUCAUUUAUGGAAAUCAGUCUUAACCUACCUUAUAGGCACCAUGAAGUACCAGCAACAGGUACUGCUCCCCACAUCUAGGCUCUGUACAGGGUCGGACUGGCCCACCAGCGUUCCAGAAGAUCCUCUGGUGGGCUCAGGCUCUGAUACCUUAGGGGGCCCCAAAAAUCCAGAAGAAUUCCCAUUUGACUUUCCUCUCGGGUCUAUUUCUUUGAUUCAAACCUAUUAAACCUCAUUGAUGGUAUAGGGGUUGGGCCUUGAGUAAAAUGUUCUCUGGUGGGCCCCAAUAUCCCCAGUCUGAUACUGCCCCUGUAUGAUGUUAUUACUAUUUAGUCCUUCAGGAAGUUUAUUAGACAGGUAGGGGGUUUCUGUGUCCUACGUGAACAGUGCCGCUGCCGAUUCAGGGGUAAAAUGGGGGAGAUACGGUAUACUGGAGAUCUCUCUUUAUUGAUGAAUAUUAAGAGGGUCUUCUGGCUUUGAAACUAAUUUACGUGAUAAAAUGACAAACCCAUACUCUUCUCUGAAAGGGAUUGUCCAGCGAGAGAGCAAAAAAAAGUUUCCUGAAAAGGAGCAGAAUGGGUUAAAAAAUAAAAUACCGGUUAGCAUUACUCGCUGCAUCGAUCCUCUUCCACUGCUGAGUUGACUCACAGACUGGACCAGAAAGCAGAUGCCAGCAGGGACCCUUCACC